AUGCUCAAGUCCUCCAUCGCCUCCCGCCGUCCUUCCCCUGUCUCCAUCCCUUCAUCGCCGCCGCGGCAGACGGUGCACCGCCACCACGGCAGAGCUGUUUCGCGUGUGUAUGAAGUCAGCGCGUAUGGCGCCGAUCCGACGGGGACGGAAGACAGCACGGAGGCAUUAUUGAAGGUAUUUGCUGAUGUACUGAGAGGCCCCACCUCUGGCACCAUGCUCCAUGGCAUGAUCAAGAAUUUUGGCGGCGCCCAAAUCAAUCUCGCCGGCGGCAUCUACCUCAUCAGCCGGCCCCUCCGCUUUCCUGUUGGCGGCGUCGGCAACGUCGUGAUUUUCGGAGGCUCCCUUCGCGCAUCCGACGAUUUCCCGACCGACGGAUACUUAAUCAACCUAUCGACUUCUUCUAGGUGGUCGUCGACGGCGAAGAAGUACGACUACGAGUACAUAACACUGAGGGACCUAAUGCUCGACUCCAACUUCCGAGGCGGCGGUGUCUUCAUCAGAGACUCCGCCCGGAUCUCCAUCGACAACUGUUACAUCACCCAUUUCACCACCGACGGGAUCUCCAUCAACGGCGGCCUCGACAACCUCGUCCGCAACACCUUCAUCGGCCAACACAUCACCAACGGCUCUGACGUCCACGAGCGCCACUUCUCCGGCACGGGCAUCGCCCUCAACAGCGGCGACAACGCCAUCACCAACGUCGUCAUCUUCUCCGCCGCUGUCGGGAUCAACAUCACCCGCCAGGCCAACUUCCUUAGUGGGGUCCACUGCUACAACAAGGGCCACAAGUACGGCGGGGUUGGUAUCUACCUGAACCUCAGCGGCCGGGCCCAAACGCACAUUGUAAACUCGUACCUCGACUUCACCGGAAUCGUGGCCGAGGACCCGGUGCAGCUCACGGUCGCCAACAGCUUCUUCCUCGAGGCCUUCAUCGUGUUCAAGUCGAAAAUCGGCGUGGCGAAGUGGGUGACGGUGGUGAACAACAUGUUCAGCGGGCUGAGGGGGAAGAUGGUGGUGCUGGACGGGAAGUUCGAGGACAUCGACAACGUGCUGGUGGACGGGAACGAGGUCGGCGGCGGUAUGGGUCUCAAGGCAACAGUGGCGCGUGGGUCCACAAAGGGGAGAGGGAAGACGUCGUGGGUGGUGGAUUUCAAUCGGGUUCUGCUGUUCCCGCGCCGGAUUACCCACGCACACUACACGCUCACCUCUAUCGGGAGUGAGUUUCCGAGGCACGCGCUGAGGAAUGUAACCAGGAAUCGAGUGGUGGUGGAAUCGGACAUCCCCGUGACGGGGACCGUGUACGCGACAGUGAGGCAGUAA